UUACAUCCUCGCUGAGGAACCAGAGGAUGGUGGUACCCUCAACGAGCGCCACAUAGACUUUGUGCAGUUCUUGAUUGUGCUUUCGUUGCAAGCGUGGAAUCUGACGUACAGGAGUGCGUUCUGGGAAACAAAUAUCCUGAAUCUGAAGUUGGAGUUGGCGGACCUCGAUGUUGGUGGAGAUGGUGAAGAAAUAGAGGGUGAGGAAAACGUUGUAGCUGCUCGUUCGGGAUUCAUUCAGAGGUACAUCCAGUCCAAAAAGCAUUCAGCAAAACAAUGGUUGGAGACCAAAGUAAAGCAACCUUUAUGUACUAUGGUACAUGCGGAAUGGGCAUGUGGAGGUGCUGCUGGAGCAGGCACACCUUCGAGUGCUUCGUCCACUGUUUCUAGAGGACUCGCCAGAGAGCUAACCCUCGUAGAUUACGAAAGAUAUCGCCAGAAAUUCAGCCUUAGCAGACGUGCGCGGAAUCUCUUGUUGCUUGUGCAGGUGGUGUGGCCAGCAAUCGAAGCGUAUGUUCGCGGAAAGUGCGAGUGGUGGCGAAGUGAAUUGAUGUUAGCAGCUUCGACCACUGAUGAUACUUCUAGUCGAGAUGGUGCUGGAGGCAAUCACGAUAGGGUCGCCCAAAAUAGUGGAGCAGCUUUCGGACCCCCUUCACUGCUAAAGGCAUGGUUGCGAAUCGUGCGAGUGGUGAAAAAGUUGUAUGCAUCGUUUAGAGAUUCGCGCACGCUUCCCGCUCAGAGCCGAGGUACUCAUGCGGAACAGAUGGAGCUGAAACGAGCAAAUCCUGCGGAAGGAAAUGAAAACCUUUCGGAGCAAAAUGAUGACCCAGCACAGCACGCGGAGGCGCUACAAACGGAACCGUCAAAGGCUGCCGUUCCGGAGGACCACCUCCUAGACGCAGUGAAGGACUUCACUAAGCACCUCUCCGUGAGAAUCUUUGAGGUUUAUCAUGUCACGACACGUGUCUUGCAGCUUAGCCUAAGGGUUCGGUACCUCCUCAACUUGGGUGGGGACUGGACUAUCCUCCUGUGGCUAUUGCAUCUGCAGAUUGCAAGACGGAAACCGGGUGAAGGAAAUAUCGCUAAUAGCAAAGGCGAUGGUGAUUCAUCGAAUGGAAAUGAUUCUGUUCCGGUUGACUCGGACAAAAAAGACCACGGUACUUCUAGAAUACCAAGUAGUACGUCAACACCCCCAUCAUCUUUCUCCUCUCUGCUUUCUCAGUCCUUUUCCGCAGUACCUCAAGCUAUGUUCUGGGUCAGCAUCUACGGUCUCCAGCUAGCGCACUGGUAUCAAUCAAGGCAACAAGAAUUUGCAGAGGAGCAAGCUGGUGAACUACGAGGUGGUGGACGAGGUGGUGGAGCAGGAGGAGUCGGAGGAUCUAGUGGUCUCACAGGUAAUGAAAAAGUUUCUCAAGAGGAACUUCCUCUCGCGCCUCAACCUCCUCGGAAGCAUAAGAUUCCUUUGUAUCAAAGCACUACACUUUGCAACUUAUGUGGUGAGCCUCGGAAAAAUCCAGCGCAGUCAGUUGGAGGCUAUGUUUUCUGCUUUGCGUGCUUAGCGAAUCACGUGAGGGAUAAAGGAUGCUGUCCUAUCACCGGCUGGAAGAUGGAGGUGAGGGAUGUCAGAAAAGUUUUGCCUUUGGAAUAGCGCUGUAAUUCUAAUUUUUACGUACUCGAAAACUGAAAAUAACCGAGUUACUGACUGAAAUAAGAGAGUCUUGACUACAUUCCUCUUCUUUCAGUAUCUCCCUUAUUUUCCCUAGUUACUCGCUUAUUUCAGUUUUUCGAAUAAUACUAUCGAGACUUCAUCCGUUCUCAUUUAAAUCGCAUUGGAGGAUGGGAUCUUGUUCCUGCGAAGGGGAUUCAUUUGAGGAAUCCUUUUGUACAGAG